GGUCUGGAAGCAUUUGCGUGGGAACUAGAAUUUUAAGGGUUCCUGAUAUUUCGAAAACCGAGUUUUGAGCACCACCACACCUGCAGCGUGGGAUUCGUGAUUGUCUCUACGGAUCCCGGGACUUCAACAUGUAUCUUGGUUCUUGGUUAAGUCGUCUAUGCAGGGGUUUAUCCAGACCCAUCGGAAAGACCAUGCAGCCAAUCUGGGGUUCUCUUUCCAGAAAUCUGGCUUUGAGUUCACAAAGAAUUCCAGAGUUCAGUAGCUUUGUUGCUCGGACCAACACGUGUGGAGAGUUGCGUUCUUCCCACUUAGGCCAAGAAGUCACUCUGUGUGGAUGGAUUCAGUACCGAAGGCAGAACACCUUCAUAGUUCUGAGAGAUUGCCACGGUCUUGUUCAAAUUCUCAUUCCCCAGGAUGAGUCAGCUGCAUCUAUGAGGAGGAUUUUGUGUGAAGCCCCUGUGGAGUCUGUGGUGAGAGUAUCUGGGACAGUAAUUUCCCGACCUCCGGGACAAGAGAAUCCGAAAAUGCCAACAGGUGAGAUUGAAAUCAAAGCUAAAACAGCCGAGCUCCUGAAUGCCUGCAAAAAGCUGCCCUUUGAAAUUAAAGACUUUGUGAAGAAAACAGAGGCCCUUCGUUUGCAGUAUCGGUACUUAGAUCUGCGCAGCUUCCAAAUGCAGUACAACCUGCGGCUGAGGUCACAGAUGGUCAUGAAAAUGCGGGAAUAUCUCUGUAAUCUGCACGGGUUUGUGGAUAUAGAAACCCCAACAUUGUUUAAGAGGACCCCCGGAGGUGCCAAGGAGUUUUUAGUACCAUCCAGGGAACCUGGAAAGUUUUAUUCUCUCCCUCAAAGUCCUCAGCAAUUUAAGCAGCUUCUGAUGGUUGGUGGUUUAGACAGGUAUUUUCAGGUCGCCCGGUGUUAUCGAGAUGAAGGCUCAAGACCGGAUAGACAGCCAGAGUUUACCCAGAUUGACAUAGAGAUGUCCUUUGUAGAGCAGACCGGUAUUCAGCGUUUAGUUGAGGGUUUGCUGCAGUAUUCCUGGCCUGAUGAUAAAGACCCUCUAGUGAUUCCUUUUCCUUCUAUGACUUUUGCUGAAGCAUUGGCCACCUAUGGAACUGAUAAGCCAGAUACUCGAUUUGGGAUGAAGAUUGUGGAUAUCAGUGAUAUGUUCAGAAACACAGAGAUCAGAUUUCUUCAGGAUGCACUGGCGCACCCUCAGGGAACUGUCAAAGCAAUAUGUGUUCAUGAAGGAGCAAAGUACUUAAGGAAGGAAGACAUUGAGUUCAUUAGAAAGUUUGCAGCUCACCAUUUCAGUCAGGAAGUCCUACCUAUAUUCCUGAAUGCCAAGAAGAACUGGAGUUCACCAUUUGCUAAAUUCAUAACGGAGGAGGAAAGACUGGAAUUAACCAGACUGAUGGAGAUACAAGAAGAAGACAUGGUGCUACUGACUGCUGGGGGACAUGAGAAAGCAUGCUCUCUGUUGGGAAAGUUACGGCUAGAGUGUGCAGACCUUUUGGAGAUGAGAGGAAUGGUGCUCCGAGACCCAGCAGUGUUCUCUUUCCUUUGGGUGGUUGACUUUCCACUCUUCCUUGCCAAGGAAGAGAGUCCCACAGAGCUGGAGUCAGCCCACCACCCAUUUACUGCUCCUCAUUCCAGUGACAUUCACCUCCUCUAUACUGAGCCGGAAAAGGUUCGUGGCCAACACUACGACUUGGUUUUAAAUGGCAAUGAGAUAGGAGGCGGUUCUGUCCGAAUUCAUGACGCACAGCUACAGAGGUACAUCCUGGAAACAUUGCUAAAGGAAGAUGUGAAAUUGCUUUCCCAUCUGCUUCAGGCUUUAGACUACGGGGCACCCCCACAUGGAGGAAUUGCCUUAGGGUUAGACAGACUGGUAUGUCUUGUCACGGGAGCACCCAGCAUCAGAGAUGUCAUAGCCUUCCCUAAAUCCUACCGAGGACAUGACCUUAUGAGCAAUGCUCCAGACUCUGUGUCUGCAGAAGAGCUGAAGCCAUACCAUAUCCACGUCUUAUGGCCAACAGACUCAGAAGAGGAGAGGGCAUCUGCUACACCUUCCAAACACUUGAGCUCUUAACUUUUGCCUUGUUUGCUUCCCCAAACCUAAAAUAAGAUCCAGACCUGCCACAGACUUUAGAAUAAGUUUCUGUGUAGAAGGAAUCAUUACCUAGUAAGAAACAGAAGCUACACAGUUCUGAUUUGGUCAUAUGUACCAUUAGAACUUUCUGUGGUUGGGAGUUCUAUGGAAGUUUUUUAAUUAGACAAUUGUUAAAAUGAAACAAAAAAUCUCUUUAUUGGAGUUUUUAGAUCUUCCUGUUUUCUAAGCAUGUUUCUAUACCCAGAUAAGUUAUUUAGGACGAGGAUAUGAAAUGCAAGAAAAUGACCGCCUCUGUAGAGCAGCCAGUUAAUACAGCAAGGUUUCAGUUCAUCUAGCCUCAUUAGAACCAAAUAAAGAAUGUUCUAAGUAGUAUAGUAGAAUAAAAAGAAAAAAGUACAAGUAACAGAAUCCUAUUGUGUUGCACCUUGAGCAAGUUACAAAUGUCUCUUAGCUACUCAUAUAAUGUGAAUGACACUUGUCCAGGACUCUUGUUGCCAGAAUCAUGAGGUAACAUUUGUGGGAGAUAUGUGAUUUGAAAUACUGUAAUGCAGGGCUGAAAAUACAGCUGUCUUAGUCACUGUUCUAUUGCUGUGAGGAAACAUCACAACCAAAGCAACUCUUAUAAAGAAAGCAUUUAAUUGGUGCUGGA